CCAACUCUCUACUAGUCAGUGAACGGAGAACCGACAGCACUAUCGCUUGAGGUAGCGGAGAGCAUCAAGCGGAUAAACUCUGUCUAAUUUUCAGCUAAUUCCCCUUCAAUGCUGGUUGGACACGGACCAUACACCAUCCCCAAGUGGAUUUUUUUUUGUCUGUGGGUGACCCGAACUGUUGGACGAAUUGAAAUAUGUUAUAAUUUGGCAUCAUAUCUAAGCAGGAACGAAAGUAUUGAGAGUGGUAUCCGAGGUUAGCCAGUUGGCUAACUGGGAAGGUUGCCUAGCUAGCUACUGCUGAGAAAAUACGAAGCGGAGGGAGACCCCAGCGGCAAAAAGGGCCAUCGACGUGAGCUGUAUCCUGAAGAGGAGCGCUCCGUUUUUCUGGACACAUCAAGAGGAGCCGGAGUCCAUUUUGCUGUGUUCUACUCUGAUAAUUUCGGAGCCUCCACUGACAGCCCUAACAGAGGGGCCAGGCCGGGAGAGGAGAGGAGAGCAACCCCCAGUGUGGCCUGACCGAGAGACUUAAUGCCAAGCCCUUCUCCUCCUCAGACAGCCUAGUGAAGGUCCAGGAGGUAGCAAGCUGGCUUUUGGAAAUGAACCAGGAUCUGCUGUCGGGGGGCAGCAGGCGGGGCCUGGGGGGCCGGCGAGGGGGCCCGGGGGCCCAGCGAGGUAACGCCUCCUCCUCGGCCCGGACGCCCCAGGGCCAGCAGCCUGGAGAGGAGGCCGACGAGGAGGAGCACAUGAACCGGGUGGUGGAGGACCAAGAACACCAGCAGUCCAGAGUCCAGCCUGCGGCCUCGGCAGGGGGGGAAGGAGUGGAAGAGCCAUGGACCUCCAGGCAGAAUGGACCCCAGGGAGAUGGGGAGGAGGAGGAUGGAGGAGGAGUACCCAACGAGGUGAACGGAGGAGUGACUAAGGGCGGCCGGUGGAUGUGGGAGGCGGAGCGACGGCAACAGGGGCGGGAUGACGACGAGGAGGAGGAAGAGGAGAACAACAACAGUGGCAGCCAGCAGGGAGAGGAGGAGGAGGAAAGGACAGAGGGAGGAGAGCGAACGGGGAGGGAUGAGGAGGACGAGGAGGAGAUGGACCAGGACAGUGAUGACUUUGAGCAUUCGGAGGAGAGUGGGAGGGAGGAGGAAGAGGAGGAGGAGGGGGAGGAUGGCCUCCACUCACCCUCCCUCAGGAGUGAUGUGUCUGUCCCCAACAACAACCUGGACCAGUCCUCGGGAUGCCAACACCAAAGCUCACCCAUCAAGAAGAAGUGUGGCAGGCAGGAGGCGAGAAGUCUAUUCCCCAGACAGGAGCUGGUAGAUGGAGGCGGGCCUGCAUCAGACUCUCAGGUGGCAGGCUGGCAGAACAAACAGGAAGCCCUCGAACACACACACCUACACACAACGUGCGCACACACACACAACGUGCGCACACGGGCUCAGAACAGUAAACCGACCUUGAGCGAAGCCAUCCCCACAUCAAACGCAGGUGUGUGUGUGUGGAAUCUUUUCUCCCUUUGUUGGUGGGGGGGGCGGCAGUGGCAAUGUUUGGAAAGAGACCAGUGAGGGCUGCCAAUGGGGGCGUCUGUUUGCUGCAGUGCUGCCUAUAACUGCUGCUUGCUUACACUUAUAGCAGUUCUCCUGUCAUCAAUGGAAGACGAGAGCUGGUUAAAAUGGCCUCCCUUGGAAGGGGUCUGCAGAGCUCAAGUAUUAUCGGUUUUGCCAUGUUCACUUGUGAAUAAAACAUUUGAAAGCCUCUGAUUGAUGGAAGGUAUAAGGGGAAAGAGGCCAAUUGAAACUUUAUUAGCUCUGUGGGGACUUAAUGUUUUAACUUCUGUUUCUGUUCCAUGUUGGUUUUUUUUAAACAGCCAAGUCUUACAAGUCUAUCUUUGCUCUCACAUGAGAGGGUAGCAGAACCCUGGAGCUACUUCUCCUAAUAGGACCAGGAUCUUACUUCCUGAAAGUGUGUCCCAAACAGAGGGGGUUAGGGAGUGUAGUCAUGUGGGUCAUGCGGGGACCUAAAAUAAAGUGCCCCCUUCAAGUAAAAGGGGGAGAAAUUAAUACGUAGGAGUUCGGUGCAUGAAAGCGUUCGCUGGGAGCGCGUUUUAAUUAAAAGUGGGCCGCCUUUCCACAUAUCCUCUGGAGAGUUAUUUUCUCGGCUCCUCUGUAAAGAUGCUUUGGAAUUGUUUCAGGCUUCAUGGGCCGAUCCUGACAGGCCCUUUAAAAAGCUAAAAGCUCUCCUCUUCUUCCUCCCACUAAGGUUCAUUAGCACCCAGAGUCAAGGCAAAUGUUGCCUUAAAGCUAUCCCUACCACAAAGCCCUUUUACAUAGUA